GCGGAACCUUUGACUGGAGUGCUCGGGUUGGCAGGGGAGGGGCACCGGAAGGGACUUGACAGGACGAUUUAGGAAAAGGGAAGGAAGAGGAGCGAGGAACCAUGGCUGCUGUGGUUGCCUUUGGCGGUGGUCUAGGGAGGAAAAAGUUGACCCACUUCGUAACGGCCACUGUCUGCCUCCCAAAUCCUGGAAAUCGCGCUGUGCUGUGGAGAAGUUGUUCACAGUAUAAACAGGUAACCAGCAAUGAGGACCUGCCCAUUCCAAUGGAAAAUCCUUAUAAGGAACCUCUUAAAAAAUGCAUCUUAUGUGGAAAACGUGUAGAUUAUAAGAAUGUGCAGCUUUUGUCCCAGUUUAUUUCUCCAUUUACUGGAUGCAUUUAUGGAAGGCACCUAACAGGUCUUUGUGGAAAGAAACAAAAAGAAAUCACAAAAGCGAUUAAGAGAGCUCAAAUAAUGGGUUUUAUGCCAGUUACAUACAAGGAUCCUGUGUAUCUCAAAGACCCUAAAGUUUGUAAUAUCAAAUAUCGGGAGUAAAUUAUCUAACAUUAUCAAUAAACUUAUUUUUACAAUAAA